AUGUUCGCCGUUCCUGGUUGGGCAGUUUCUGCGGAGCCGCUGGUGUCUCUAAGACCGACUGUUAUUGCCUCUAAAGCUUCGGCUACGGAACCUGCUCUCCCUACCUCAAGGUUGAAGUCCAAGAAGCGAAGACGAAAUGAGAAUGGGAGCCCGUCCAAAUCAUAUCUCACAAGUGAAGAUCUCCACAGGCUAUGGAAAAAAGAGUUUGGUGAAGGCUCAGGGGUGGAGCAGAAACCUGCAAAAAGCAGGAAAAGAAAGAAGCAAAAAAUACAACCCGGCUCCACUUUGACACAUGCAGAUCAUACAGUGCUGGAAGUGCACAAUGAAAGUGGUAGCGAUAUACAUGCUGAGGACGGUCUAGACUUCAAAGAUGACUUGAAGAAGCCCGUCGAGCAGAAAUCAGGACUGAAAUGCAAGAAUGGAAAAAGGAAGAUUUCAAUCUCGGAUGAACGUGUCGACAAGCUCCUAGAGAAGCGUGGUACGGGUGACAGCGCCUAUCUCUCUCAGCAACCAGGGCAAGGCAAAGCCACAUUGAACUCCCAAUCGACGUCGCAGAACAGAAAGGUCCGGAAGUCAUUGCAGAAGCUCGAAGAACUGCCGUCACCAACCUCAAUGAUGAUGACACCUUUGCAGGCAAGAAUGCGUGUUAAACUUACCUCGGCUCGUUUUCGUCACCUCAAUGAAACCCUAUAUACGUCGCCUUCUAGUGCCUCGCUUGAUUUAUUCACAGCAUCGCCUGAUCUCUUUGCCGAAUAUCACGCAGGCUUCGCUCAGCAGGUAAGAAGCUCGUGGCCACAGAAUCCUGUCGAUGGCUACAUUGGUGACAUCGACUCUCGAGCAAAGGUUGAUUUUAGGAUGCAAAGCCAGCCCUCUACCGUGAAGGUGCUGCCUCUUCCACGGAGAAAGACUGGUAGCUGCACGAUUGCAGAUCUUGGUUGUGGCGAUGCUUCCUUGGCUCGGGCAUUUCGGUCGACCUCAAAAGCUUUGGGCCUCAGGUUUCAUAAUUUCGAUUUACAUGCACCGAAUUCCACUGUUACUAAGGCCGAUAUUGCCGAUCUCCCUCUUCGAGAUGGUGAGGCAGAUGUAGCAGUAUUUUGUCUGAGCUUGAUGGGCACCAACUGGAUAAGCUUUAUCGAAGAGGCCUGGAGGGUGCUCAGAGGUGAUGGCAAAGGCGAACUUUGGGUUGCUGAGGUCAAGUCUAGAUUUGGACGUAUUACCAAGGACAGGGUUGUGGAGAACAGUGUUGGCAAGAAGCGAAAGCUUCAAAAGCCGAGAGCACAACAGGAAAGACGUGCAGGUCUUGCAGAAGACGAUGCAGAUGACCUCUUAGAGGACGACGACCACGCGACGAUAGAUGAGACAGAUAUCACUGCCUUCAGGGAUGUUGUGCAGCGUCGUGGCUUUGUUCUGCAGCCUGACUCUGUGAACAAGCACAACAAGAUGUUCGUUAGUAUGAUCUUCACCAAGACUGGCAUACCAGUUGCUGGUAAACAUCAAGGUUCAAAGUGGAACGGCCAUGAAUAUGAAAAGUCAGCCGGGUGGAUGACUGGUCGCAAGAAAUUCAUUGACCAAAGCAUUGAUGAUGAGGGAUACCUCUCUCCCAAGGAAGAGUCAAGAGUACUCAAGCCUUGCGUGUACAAGAAAAGAUAA